GGCUUUGCAUAACCACGCCCCUUUAUCUAGAAUCGUCAUCAGAGCGCCCACCAGGCCAACCAAUGGCUUUCUCCUUAUCGUGACAGAUAUGGCAUUCAACCAAUGAGUAGCUGCGGAAGGUUUCUUCACUCUGUAGCUCUAGUAGAAAGCUAUCUGUACGAGAGAUCAGACAUAGCGGCAACGUUGUGUGAGGACGUGCAGACUAAACAAACAUGAUUCGUCUAGCGAGCAGCGUUGCGCUUAGAGAACUACUCAACACUAACUGCAGGACUUCGGUCACCGCUUUGUCUGUUCGGAGACUUGCCAUUGACACCCCAGUUCACAUCGUUCGGAAGAGAGCUGGCGUAGUCGGCUGGAAGAAACAUUGCCUGACACGCGCAUGCAUACUUCCGACUCGCAGGUACAAUUCAAAAUCCGAGGGUACGACUACGGAAAACGAGAGCGGAAAAAUAACUCCAGCCACAACGGAAUCCGCUUCCAGAGAUGACAAAAAUAAUAAACAAGGUUUGUUGCCUAGUCUAGAAGACUUGCUGUUUUACACAAUUGCAGAAGGACAAGAAAAAAUACCAGUUCAUAAAUUUAUCACUGCAUUAAAGGCUACAGGAUUACAUACAUCUGACCCCAGGUUGAAAGAAUGCAUGGACAUGCUAAGAACGUCUCUUCAAACAAUGUCUGAUGGUGUCAUGCUAGAUAAGGAACUCUUUAAAAAGUGUGUUCAAAGCAACAUUGUGCUGCUCACACAGGCCUUUCGAAGAAAGUUUGUGAUUCCUGACUUUAUGUCUUUUACAUCACACAUCGAUGAACUUUAUGAAAAUGCCAGGAUGUUGUCUGGCGGAAAGGUUGCAGAUUACAUUCCUCAAAUAGCUAAAUUCAGCCCUGAUUUGUGGGGAGUUUCUAUUUGUACUGUAGAUGGCCAAAGGCAUUCAGCAGGUGAUACCAAAGUACCAUUUUGCCUCCAGUCUUGUGUGAAACCUUUAAAAUAUGCCAUUGCAGUAAAUGACCUCAGUACAGAGUAUGUGCACAGAUAUGUUGGGAAAGAGCCCAGUGGCUUACGCUUCAACAAAUUAUUUCUAGAUGAAGAUGACAAACCGCACAAUCCUAUGGUAAAUGCUGGUGCUAUUGUGAUCACUUCUUUAAUAAAGCAAGGAGCAAGCAAUGCAGAAAAAUUUGAUUAUGUGAUGCAGUUUUUAAAUAGGAUGGCUGGUAACGAAUAUGUGGGGUUCAGUAAUGCCACGUUUCAGUCGGAGAGAGAAAGUGGAGAUCGAAAUUUCGCUAUUGGAUAUUACCUUAAAGAAAAAAAGUGCUUCCCAGAGCACACUGAUAUGGUUGGCAUUCUGGACUUUUAUUUCCAGUUAUGUUCCAUAGAAGUUACUUGUGAAUCGGCCAGUGUCAUGGCAGCAACCUUGGCCAAUGGUGGCUUCUGUCCGAUAACAGGGGAGAGGAUUCUGAGUCCUGAAGCAGUCAGAAACACAUUAAGUUUAAUGCACUCUUGUGGAAUGUACGACUUUUCAGGAGAGUUUGCUUUUCAUGUCGGUCUACCAGCAAAAUCUGGAGUUUCCGGGGGCAUCCUUCUAGUUGUUCCUAAUGUCAUGGGUAUAAUGUGUUGGUCUCCUCCACUUGAUAAACUAGGAAACAGUGUUCGGGGAAUUCAGUUCUGCCAAGAUUUGGUAUCUCUCUGCAAUUUCCAUAAUUAUGAUAAUUUAAGGCACUUUGCAAAAAAGCUUGAUCCUCGUCGGGAAGGAGGUGACCAGAGGGUGAAAUCUGUAAUAAACCUUUUAUUUGCAGCAUAUACAGGGGAUGUGUCUGCUCUCAGAAGGUUUGCUCUCUCUGGAAUGGACAUGGAACAACGUGACUAUGAUUCUCGUACAGCCUUGCACGUAGCAUCUGCUGAAGGACACGUUGAAGUUGUUCGUUUUCUGCUUGAAGCAUGCAAAGUAAAUCCAUUUCCAAAGGACAGAUGGAAUAACACACCAAUGGAUGAAGCAAUGCACUUUGGACAUCAUGAUGUUUUAAAAAUCCUCCAAGAAUACCAAAAUAACUAUAAACCCUUGGGUGAACCAAAUAAUGGAAACGAUCAGACCGUUCAGAAGAACCUGGAUGGAAUGUUAUAAUCAUGAGUUACAAAACUUUGCUUAUUUGCACUUGUUAGGGGUGUAGGAACCUAUAAAGAGUGUGUAUUUUUAUCUUUUAGUAGUGUAUUUUAAAUGAGGUACAUGUGUUUCUGUUACCUUUUUUUGUUGGAGGCUCAAUAUGAAAUAUAAGAAAAAGCAACAAAGGGAAAGUCUUACUGCUAACUCUUAAAUUACCAGAGAGUGUUCAACUGUUUGUUUAUAUAUAUUAUACAGUAUAUAUAAGCAGGUCUUUGACAGUUCAGAGUUAGAGUUUUAUGCUGCACAUUUUUGCCCUGAUUCUUAGAGAAAUCUUUAUGCAAAUAGGAUUGUUGAAUGUGAUUAUAGGCAUUAAUCUUGUGUUCUUAGUGAGUUGAUGGAAGAACCUUUUGUAUUUUGUAUUUCAUACAAAGUUAUACUAAAGUCAAUAAGUGUGUAAGUUGUUGCUUUGUCUCAGGUGAUACUCAGGCAAUCAGAUUCUACUUGCUGCAGAACUUUGUCUCCCAAAGAAAAUCUUAAUAACCGACAUUGCUGACAUAAAAGCAUUU